GCCCUCUCCCUCUCCUCACUGUCUUCAGCCGCCCGGCCCCUUAGAGUGAGAGGGCCCUCUCCCUCUCCUCACUGUCUUCACUUCUCUCUGCCGCUUCCAGUAUACGUCGGAGCCCUAGAUCUCUCUCGUGCCGCCUCCCUCUAGCGAUUCUUUUUUAUUCUUUCGAUCAUUCCGAAGAUGGCAGCGGCACUCCAGACGGCGGGGACACUGACGGCUUCGUCGAAUCUCGUCAUCAACUCCGAGAGGUUUCGGUUCGGAUCGCUGCUCCGAUCUCCCGCAGGAAUGAAGGGAACCAUUUUGGUUGUGAAAUCUGAUGGAAGGCAUACUGUUGGUUUUAAUGCCGGGUUGCGUGGGGCGAAUUUGAUCCCAAAUGCAGUUGCAGCAAAGACUGAGGAUUCUGCAAAAUCUACAUAUUCCAAGCCUGGGCAUGAGAUUCUGUUGUUUGAGGCUCUACGAGAGGGUUUGGAAGAAGAGAUGGAUAGAGAUCCUCGAGUUUGCGUUAUUGGGGAAGAUGUGGGUCAUUACGGUGGCUCAUACAAGGUAACCAAAGGCUUAGCAAAUAAGUAUGGAGAUCUGAGGGUUCUUGACACUCCCAUUGCUGAGAACUCCUUCACAGGCAUGGGCAUCGGGGCUGCAAUGACAGGCUUGAGGCCAGUUGUUGAAGGCAUGAACAUGGGUUUUCUCCUGCUGGCCUUCAAUCAGAUCUCAAACAAUUGUGGUAUGCUCCAUUACACUUCUGGAGGUCAGUUUACCAUUCCAAUAGUGAUCCGAGGGCCUGGAGGUGUAGGCCGCCAGCUUGGGGCAGAGCACUCACAGCGCUUGGAAUCGUAUUUCCAGUCGAUUCCAGGUCUGCAAAUGGUUGCCUGCUCGACCCCCUACAAUUCCAAGGGACUGAUGAAAGCAGCUAUCAGGAGUGAGAAUCCUGUAGUAUUGUUCGAGCACGUGCUGUUGUACAAUUUGAAGGAGAGGAUCCCUGAUGAGGAUUACAUUUGUUGUCUGGAGGAAGCAGAGAUGGUACGAGUUGGUGAGCAUGUAACAAUCCUGACAUACUCACGCAUGAGGUAUCAUGUGAUGCAGGCUGCAAAGACUCUGGUGAACAAGGGAUAUGAUCCUGAAGUUGUUGACAUUAGGUCAUUGAAGCCAUUUGAUCUCUACACCAUUGGGAAUUCCGUGAAGAAGACACAUCGUGUGCUGAUAGUGGAAGAGUGCAUGCGUACUGGUGGAAUUGGUGCCAGUUUGAGGGCGGCCAUCAUCGACAAUUUCUGGGACUACUUGGAUGCUCCGAUCAUGUGCUUGUCAUCACAGGAUGUGCCGACACCAUAUGCUGGCUCAUUGGAGGAACAGACUGUAGUGCAGCCAGCACAGAUUGUGGCUGCGGUGGAGCAGCUCUGCCGAUAGAUAGGCUUUUGCAGGCAGUUUUUUCUUUUUAGCAUCAGGGCUUGGAAUCCUGUCUGUUCUCAAACAUUGUGUUACUUAGUUUUGGGUUCCACCUCGAUGGCAGUGUUUCCAUACCGUCUGAUUAGCUUGCACCAUUUGAUUUCUUCGUACUAUGGCCUAGCAUUUGUUAGCUUAAAAUAUUCUUUCUGUUGUGCUAAUUAGAAAUCUUUUGAGUUCCAUUGGUUUAACUAGGUGAACUUGAGGUUUUGAACUUGUGAAAGCAAAGGAAAUUUUCUUUUUUC